GAUUACAAUUUUUGUGCAAGUUUCCUUUCCACCAGCUCUCCAACUAGACACCGCAACGAUAGUCCAGCAAGACAGUCAAAUACUUCUCAUUCUCUCGUUGACGACGCGACAUAUCGUCGUUCCAGCUCGAAUACCAAAACCGCUGUUUAAUCCGAGAAACGUGAAAAUCAACUUCUCCUUCUCAUCAUAAGUCUUAUAAAGCUUAUAAAAUUCAUUCAACCGUCAUGGUUCAGUCUUGGUUGUUUCGUUGACCUGUUGAGUUGAAGACCUGUUGUUUGUAUUUUCUUUUCGUGCAAGUGAUUUCGUUAUACUGCUCCUGUUUUUUUUUCUGUUUAUUCGCCUUUUCGUUUCGUCGCGAACUUCGCUGAUAAAUAUGGCCAGCAAAGAUGUGGGCUUUCGUACCGAGUCGGACACGUUUGGCGAGCUGAAGGUGCCGAACGACAAGUACUAUGGCGCGCAAACCGUACGUUCGACAAUGAACUUCCCCAUCGGAGGACCAACCGAACGGAUGCCGAAACCGGUCAUCACGGCUAUGGGAAUCCUGAAGAAAGCGGCCGCUCUGGUCAACAAAGAGUACGGAUUGGAUGCCAAAGUGGCCGAUGCCAUCUCGCAAGCGGCGGACGACGUUAUCUCGGGUAAGCUGUACGAUGACCAUUUCCCGCUGGUCAUUUGGCAAACCGGUUCGGGUACCCAGACCAACAUGAACGUCAACGAGGUCAUUAGCAACAGGGCUAUCGAGCUGAUGGGAGGAACGCUGGGCUCGAAAACUCCAGUCCACCCGAACGAUCAUGUCAACAAAUCCCAAUCCUCCAACGACACUUUUCCGACCGCCAUUCAUGUUUCGGUGGCCUGCGAACUGACCGGUAAUUUAAAACCGGCAAUCGAAACCUUGCGCGAUGCCUUGAAGGCCAAGUCCAACGAGUUCAAGGAUAUUAUCAAAAUCGGUCGAACUCAUACACAGGAUGCCGUCCCGUUGACACUUGGCCAGGAGUUCAGUGGCUACGUGCAGCAGAUGGAGUUUGCACUGCAACGUAUUGAGGCCUGCUUACCUCGGGUUUACAUGUUGGCAUUAGGAGGCACAGCUGUCGGCACGGGUCUGAACACUAGAAUCGGCUUUGCCGAAAAAUGUGCUGCAAAAAUCUCCGAGCUCACUGGACUACCUUUCAUUACUGCUCCAAACAAGUUUGAAGCCCUGGCGGCUCGUGAUGCCAUGGUUGAGGUUUCGGGAUGUUUGAAUACCAUCGCUGUGAGCUGCAUGAAAAUCGCUAACGACAUUCGCUUCCUGGGAUCGGGACCACGUUGUGGUCUGGGAGAACUUAGCCUACCGGAAAACGAACCGGGUAGCUCCAUCAUGCCUGGCAAAGUCAACCCAACUCAAUGUGAAGCUAUGACCAUGGUCUGCGCACAAGUCAUGGGUAACAACGUUGCCGUUAGCGUCGGUGGAUCCAACGGUCAUUUUGAGCUGAACGUUUUCAAACCUCUGGUGGUUUCUAAUGUGCUUAGAUCAAUUCGAUUGCUGUCCGACAGUGCCCGCACAUUCAGCAAAAACUGUGUGGUCGGUAUCGAGGCUAAUCGUGCCAACAUAGAUAAGAUUAUGAACGAAUCUCUGAUGCUGGUAACGGCACUGAAUCCGCACAUCGGCUACGACAAGGCCGCUAAAAUUGCCAAGACUGCUCACAAGGAGGGAACCACGCUCAAACAGUCGGCCCUGAAGCUGGGUUACCUUACCGAGGAGCAAUUCAACGAAUGGGUUCGCCCAGAGAACAUGCUGGGACCGAAGUAAAAUGUUGAUCAUAUUCGGUUGUUCGUGCCUCUUUUUUUGGAACUAUUUGUACGUUUUUUUUAAUAUUAUUUCGUUUCGAAUUUAAAUAUUAUUUAUGUACAAUAAAUGCAGUAUAACUGGAAAACGA